AUGAUGGCUGAGGAUGGAGGAAAUAUCUCAGAGGACCACAGGGGGAGGGAAGCCGAGGGUAGAUCCUCUCUUCCUCGGACUUUAAUCCGACUUAAUGACCUGUCCGGUACUGGGGAACGCAACGAGGAUGAGGCUGUUAGUCCCGAGUCAAGGGACAACGGAGCCGGGGCUGCGCCGGAGGAGGCGUCGGCCAGUGGUGGAGAAGCUUUACCCUACCCAUCCUUGGCACCAGUUGUAUUUUUCUAUCUGAAGCAAACCACGCGCCCGAGGAGUUGGUGUCUGAAAAUGGUCUGCAAUCCAUGGUUUGAGCGUGCUAGCAUGCUUGUUAUCCUGCUGAACUGCGUCACGUUGGGAAUGUUUCACCCCUGUGAGGACAGCAACUGCAGCUCGGAGCGAUGCGAGAUCUUAGAGGACUUCGAUGACUUCAUCUUUGCCUUUUUCGCCGUGGAGAUGGUGAUUAAGAUGGUGGCAUUGGGAAUCUUCGGCAAGAAGUGUUACCUUGGAGAUACCUGGAACCGACUAGACUUCUUCAUUGUGUUAGCUGGGAUGCUGGAGUACUCUCUCAACCUACAGAAUGUCAGUUUUUCUGCAGUGCGCACAGUCCGGGUCUUGCGUCCGCUGCGAGCGAUCAACCGCGUGCCCAGUAUGAGGAUCUUGGUGACCCUGCUGCUGGACACCCUCCCUAUGCUCGGGAACGUGCUGCUCCUCUGCUUCUUCGUCUUCUUCAUCUUCGGCAUCGUCGGGGUCCAGCUUUGGGCGGGGCUUCUGCGCAACCGCUGCUUCCUGCCGGCGAACUUCUCCCUUCCUCCGUCGCUGGGGCUCCAUGAGUACUACCAUACAGAGAAUGAUGACGAGAGCCCUUUUAUCUGCUCACAGCAGAAGGAGAACGGUAUGCGUCUCUGCAGUGCCAUCCCCACCCUGCAUGAGGAGGGACUGCAGUGCCAGCUAGACAUGGCCUCAUACAACAGCACAGACAACACCACCUGUGUCAACUGGAACCAGUACUACACCAACUGCUCCGCAGGAUCCAUCAACCCCUUUAAGGGGGCUAUCAACUUUGACAACAUUGGUUAUGCUUGGAUAGCCAUCUUUCAGGUCAUCACUCUGGAGGGUUGGGUGGACAUCAUGUACUUUGUGAUGGAUGCUCACUCCUUCUACAACUUCAUCUACUUCAUCCUCCUGAUCAUAGUGGGCUCUUUUUUCAUGAUUAACCUGUGCCUGGUUGUCAUAGCCACGCAGUUCUCUGAGACUAAGCAGCGAGAAAGUCAGCUGAUGAAGGAGCAGCGGGUUCGCUUCAUGUCUAACGCCAGUACUCUGGCCAGCUUCUCUGAGCCGGGCAGCUGCUACGACGAGCUGCUUAAAUACCUGGUCCACGUGGUUCGUAAGGCCACCCGUCAGAUCGGUCACGUCAUCCGGUAUCUGGCGCGCAGGGCAGGCCUGAGGGUACGCGCCUCACCUGCCCAAGAGCCUCCUGCCGCCAAGAGACGUCGACAGAAACGGAAGAGCUCCAUCCAUCACCUGGUGCACCAUCAUCAUCACCAUCAUCAUCAUCACUAUCACCUUGGCAACGGGACCGUAAGGAACGAGGUGGGCAGAGAGCUGGAGCCCGGCUCCCGGAACGGGAACUUCAACAACGCGGGCCCGGGCUCCGGGUCCCUCGUGCUGUCGGCCGUCGCCACUGCGACUGACCCCGCCUCCCCAAGGCCGGCCCCCGUGGGGCCCAGCAGCAUGGAGUCGGUGCGCAGCGUCUAUCACGCCGACUGUCACAACGAGCCUCUAAACAGCAGACCCUUCCCUCCCUCUGCUGCUCUCCAGGCUUACAAAAGGAAUUCGGUGCCGUUUGCAGGGCCGGCGCAUAAAAACUACCCCACGCUGCAGCCCUGCUUGCCUUUGGAACAGUUCAGACAAAGGCCCCUAGCUGAGCUAGUGGGAGGGAGUUGCACUGGUAGCGUCCUUACCAACCUCAACAUUCCUCCACAGCCCAUAAACACCUCACAAUGCCUGGUGGAGACUCACAGUCCUACAGACAAGGCACCCUCCAAGCUGUCAGCACCUAACUGCAGUACCAUCAACUUAGACCCUGCUUUGACCUUUGACCCCGAGACCUGUCCGUACUGCAUUAAUCGUGCGAGCAACGACUCAGAGGGGACAGAGGGAAACGAAACGGCUGAAUCGGACAGCGAGGGCGUCUACGAGUUUACCCAGGAUGCUCACUACAGGGAUAAUAGGGAUCCCAACAAAAAGAAGAAGAAGUUUGCCCUCGGGGCACGGGCGGCCAAAGUCGUGCACUUCUGGAGACUGGUGUGCGACACAUUUCGUAAGAUAGUGGACAGCAAGUACUUUGGGCGGGGCAUCAUGAUUGCCAUUCUCAUCAACACAUUGAGCAUGGGCAUCGAAUACCAUGAGCAGCCUGAAGAACUGACCAAUGCUCUGGAGAUCAGCAACAUUGUCUUCACCAGUUUGUUUGCACUGGAGAUGCUCCUUAAACUGCUGGUGUACGGGCCAUUUGGCUACAUCAAGAACCCUUACAACAUCUUCGAUGGCAUUAUCGUUGUCAUCAGUGUUUGGGAGAUCGUCGGUCAGCAGGGAGGCGGCCUCUCUGUGCUCAGGACGUUUCGACUCAUGCGUGUGCUCAAGCUGGUCCGCUUCAUGCCGGCUCUGCAGAGACAGCUGGUGGUUCUGAUGAAGACUAUGGACAACGUGGCGACCUUUUGUAUGCUCCUCAUGCUCUUCAUCUUCAUCUUUAGCAUAUUGGGUAUGCACUUGUUUGGAUGUAAGUUUGGCUCUGAGAGAGAUGGAGACACUCUACCAGACCGCAAGAACUUUGACUCUCUGCUUUGGGCCAUCGUCACUGUCUUCCAGAUUCUCACCCAGGAGGACUGGAAUAAAGUCUUGUAUAAUGGCAUGGCCUCCACAUCGCCCAUAGCUGCUCUCUACUUCAUCGCCCUCAUGACCUUUGGCAACUACGUCCUCUUCAACCUGCUGGUGGCUAUCUUAGUGGAGGGAUUCCAGACAGAGGAACUGUCCAAGAGGGAGGACUUUCACGGCCAGCUGAGUUGCAUUCAGCUGCCAGUGGACACAGGGAAAGGCCAAGUGGGAGUGAGGACUGUUUACCCCACCCCACUCACUCUCCUCUCAUUCUGUCCUCCCCUCCCUGUUAUGAAGGGUGACGCCUCGAAAUCGGAUUCGGAGGUGGACUUCUACACGCGGAGCAUGGAGGAUGUGCGGGGUGGAAAGAAGGAGAGUUCGGCAUCUGCUGCGGUGGUGCCCAUCAACGGACACGUGGACCUGAAGUCCAGCCUUACACCUCCUCUCAUCACCCACACGGCGGCCACGCCCAUGCCCGUGCCCAAGAUUUCGGGAGCGGGUGAUCCCGCCCUGGGCUAUGAGUCUCGCAGGGGCAGUAAUGUCUCUGUGGACCCAUGCUGCCAUGAGAAGUCUCCGUCGAGCGCCCGGAGUUCUCCUUACGCGCCCUGGAGUUCGGCCAGCAGCUGGAAUAGCCGUCGUUCCAGCUGGAACAGCCUCGGUCGAGCCCCUAGCCUGAAACGACAGAAACGCCAGUCCGGAGAACGCCGCUCUCUGCUCUCCGGCGACGGCCAGUCCAGCUCCGACGAGGACGAGGGCACGGGUGGAAGAGGAGGAGGCGGGAGGAUGUCGGAGGGAGACGACACCUCCCUCCCCAGGACGGACUCUCUGGGCCAGAGGCCUCGACACCGGCGCAUGGAGUCCGUGGAGACGCGAAGCUCUUUCGACCUGCCUCCCGACACCCUGCAGGUACCUUACCUGUGCAGGUCGGCCAGCAUCCACAGCGCCCGGCCGCCCAACCUACUCAGUCAGGACUGCAACGGCAAAACUUCGCCCUCUGCCGCCGCCACCACGCAACUGUCUCUCGACGAGCAACACAGCGAGGACGAGAACGAGGAGGGAAACCUGAGUCGGAAGCAACGAUUCUAUCGCUGGCUGGAGCGGAAGCAACCGGAGUGGUGUCGGCAGCGGAACACCUGGUCCCUGUACCUGUUUCCCCCGCAGUCCAGGUUUCGUGUGACCUGUAAUAAGAUCAUCACACAUAAGAUGUUUGACCAUGUGGUCCUGGUCAUUAUCUUCCUCAACUGCAUCACCAUCGCCAUGGAGAGACCCAGGAUCGACCCCACCAGUGCUGAGCGGAUCUUCCUGACGCUGUCCAACUACAUCUUCACCGCCAUCUUCGUGACUGAAAUGACUAUAAAGGUGGUGGCCCUGGGCUGGUGUUUUGGUGAGAAGACGUACCUGAAGAGCAGCUGGAACGUUCUGGAUGGAAUGCUGGUCAUGAUUUCGGUCAUUGACAUUCUGGUGUCCCUGAUCUCCAACAGCGGCACCAAGAUCCUCGGAAUGCUGCGUGUGCUCCGUCUCCUCAGGACCUUACGCCCGCUCAGGGUGAUAAGCAGAGCUCCAGGACUGAAGCUGGUGGUGGAAACGCUGAUGUCAUCGCUCAAACCUAUCGGGAACAUCGUGGUCAUCUGCUGCGCGUUCUUCAUCAUCUUCGGCAUUCUGGGCGUGCAGCUUUUCAAAGGCAAGUUCUACGUUUGCCAGGGAGAAGACACAAGAAACAUCACCAACAAGUCAGACUGUCUGGGUGCCAACUACAAAUGGGUCAGACACAAGUAUAAUUUUGACAACCUGGGGCAGGCUCUGAUGUCUCUUUUCGUUCUGGCGUCUAAAGACGGAUGGGUGGACAUAAUGUAUGAUGGUCUGGACGCAGUUGGGGUGGACCAGCAGCCAAUAAUGAACUACAACCCUUGGAUGCUGCUCUAUUUCAUUUCCUUCUUGUUGAUUGUGGCGUUCUUCGUGCUCAACAUGUUUGUGGGCGUGGUGGUGGAGAACUUUCACAAGUGUCGACGUCACCAGGAGGCCGAGGAGGCGAAGCGGCGCGAGGAGAAGCGCCUGAAGCGAAUGGAGAAAAAGAGAAGGAAUGUAAUGCUGCCGGUUGUGAGUUGGGCCAGCUCUGAGGGCACAGUGACAGCCCAGUGUAAACCUACUACUCUGAGUACUCCCCCAACUCGUCUUCUCAUUCACAAAAUGUGCACUAGCCACUACCUGGACCUCUUCAUCACCAUUGUCAUCAGCCUCAACGUCAUCACAAUGUCCAUGGAGCAUUACGAACAGUCCAAGGUGCUGGACGAAGCUUUGAAGAUCUGCAAUUAUAUUUUCACCAUCAUUUUCGUCUUGGAGUCGGUCUUCAAGCUUGUGGCAUUUGGUUUCCGUCGCUUUUUCAAAGACAAGUGGAAUCAGCUGGACUUGGCCAUUGUACUGUUAUCUAUCAUGGGUAUUACGCUGGAGGAGAUCGAGGUCAACGCUUCCCUUCCCAUCAACCCCACCAUCAUCCGCAUCAUGAGAGUCCUCCGGAUCGCCCGUGUGCUGAAGUUGCUGAAGAUGGCAGUGGGAAUGCGAGCUCUGCUGGACACAGUGAUCCAAGCCUUACCACAGGUGGGGAAUCUGGGUCUUCUCUUCAUGUUGCUAUUCUUUAUCUUCGCCGCCUUGGGAGUGGAACUAUUUGGUGACCUGAUAUGUGACGAGCUUCACCCGUGCGAAGGGUUAGGCCGUUACGCCACCUUCAAAAACUUCGGCAUGGCUUUCCUCCUGCUGUUCCGCGUGUCCACCGGGGAUAACUGGAACGGCAUUAUGAAGGACACGCUAAGAGACUGCAACGAGAAAAGCACGUGCUACAACACGGUGGUUUCGCCGAUCUACUUUGUGUCGUUCGUGCUGACGGCCCAGUUCGUCCUGGUCAACGUGGUUAUCGCUGUGCUUAUGAAACACUUGGAAGAAAGCAAACAAAGAAGCAAGGAGGAGGCGGAGCUGGAGGCGGAGCUUGACUUGGAGCUGGAGGCGGUUGGGGAUGACAGGGGGAUAACUGGGGGACACAUCUCCCCCCUUGCCCUCGGAGACGCGAGCGGGCCGGGGGGCAUGCCGUGGAUUUCCAGAGAUUCCCAGACGGAGGUUACCCCAUCAGACAGCCCGCCGCCACACAUCCGCAGAGACUCUGCCGCACACAUAAGGCCACCCCCCUCACUGCCUAGGCCCCCUCUAGAGCGGAGGCCCAUGUUUGACUCAGUAUCCCUGGUGAUCCAGGGUUCAUUGGAGGGAGAACUCAGCCUGAUGGACAACCUGUCCGGUUCCAUCUGCCACUACUACGUCCUGUCCCCUGUCCCCAGCAAGCACAACCCUGAGAAACAGAUUCCUCUAGCGGAGAUGGAGGCUCUGUCUCUGGCAUCGGAGAAAUCCUGGUCCUUAGCUCUGACGGACGACUCCGUCCCUGAUGAUUUUAACCCCCUCUUAAUAACCAGUCUGGAGUGCAACAGUACUGUCUCUGCUCCACAGAUGGAUCCCCAAGAGCCAGGAGAACAUCUGGAGGAGCACUUACUGAGUGUGAGGAAGACCUUGGUGGGCCGCACACACUCACUGCCCAACGACAGUUACAUGUUCAUGCCUGUACAGUCCCCCGACACCUCAACCACACAAACAGCUAGACCUUACCUCACCCAGACAGGCUCCAGCGGUUCUGUCCGGGCCCAGUCAGACGAUCCCACCCAGCACCUGACCGUCCCCAGCCAGCUCUUCAGGCCCAUCAGCCCCCACAGCCUGUCGGACUCGGAGAGCAUCCCGCGCCUCCCCCCGCCACGACACGCUCACACCCUCACGCGCACCUUACGCAGGCAGGUGGCAGUGAGCGCUGACUCACAGGAGGCUCUGUACACAGAAGGAGGCGAGAGCGAGGGUCCAAGGGACAUAAAUGAACUUUCUGGCCCCCCGGUAAACUUUCCAUCUCAGCAACAGCCGCACCAGCCUUCCCUCCUGCUGGUCCCCGCCACGCCGGGGGCCUCCCCGAAGCCUCCACGCUCCAGCGUGCACACGCAGCACAACACACACGAUCAGUACAACGUCUCCUCCAGAUGUUCCGCUCCCCCUCAGCAACCGCCUGCGCCUCCCCCUCCUCCCACUCCACCUCCUCCGCCCCCGGCUCGCCCCCAACCUCCUGGGAAGCAGGAGGAGGACUCGGUGGACCAGGAGGUGUCGCGCAUCAUUAGGGCGGGCCUGGGGGGCAACAACAGCGACGACGACUGCGGCCGAGGGGCGGGGCUCGUGGGAGGGCGUGGCGAGGGGCGUGGCCCCUGCCUGCGGCAGCUGAAGAAGUACCACAGCGUGGACACUCAGGGCCAGCGAGCGCUGUUGCUCCCGCGGCCGUCCUCCUGGCUGGACGACCCGCGUCGUCACUCCAUCGAGGUGUGCUCGUCGGUGGAGAGCAGCCCCCAGCGCAGCUCCAUCUCCUCUGGCUUCGUGUCCCGCGCAGACAGCCUGCAGCAGCAAAUGCAAACCUCACAGCCCUCCCCCCAUGCCCGGAAAAAGAAGAUGAGCCCCCCUUGCAUUUCGGUGGACCCCCCAGAGGGACUGGAGGUCCCAGGGGGCUUCCACCCGGCGCUGGGGAUGGUGCCCCCUCCGCUGCCCAGUCGAGACACCUGCUUGAGGAGGCGCGCCCCCUCCAGUGACUCCAAGGACUCUUUUGAUCUGGGUGGAGGAGGGGAGGGGCUUCCUCAAGAUGGAGCACCCAAUCCUAAGCUACUGACUCUUCCCAGCUUCUCCUUCGAAAAGACAAGCUCCGAGCACUGA